CAUCAGAAAUAUGCCAUUCCAUCGCACCUGACAAGUCCACGGAGACGGUCCCGGUUAGUCCGAGGCUGCUGUACCUCACACUGGACUCACAUCUUCUAUUUCUGCCCCCGCACGGCUGGACUGACUGACGGCAGGAAGAAAAAAAAAAUAAAAACUAGAGGCUGAGGAAAUCAAUGCUGUGACUCAAGCAACAGGUAGAGUCGCUUUGCAUACCACUGCGUGAGACAACACCACAAUUGUUCCCCUGAGGAAAUCCGGAAGUUGUCUUCUUUGGUUUUUGAAGAGCCCUCAUGCCGUUUUAUAGUGGCUCAUGCCGGGGAUCGGACUGAAAGCCCGUGGGAGCCGCUGAAUGGUGACCGGAGGGAUUUCUGCACUGAGCUGGCUCCCACCAUGCCCGGCCACCGGAGGCAGCCCAGCAUCGAGCUCCUAGAAUUCAUGGGAGUGGUGAGGGAGAAUGGCAGUGAACAGUCCUCACUCCCUCCUGUGCACACGCCGCUUUCCUACGACUAUGUCCUGGUUGCCAAAUCAAUUGACGACCGGGAAAGAUCAGCAUUCAAGAAACAAACUGAAUACAUCGAUGAACUGAAAAAGCACAACUUCAAAGUGACAAAAAUUAUAGACGACGAUCUCGUCUUCUAUGGAAUCCAAGCACCUAAAGAAAUAUUUGAGAAGUACAGGUACCUUCUCAAGGUGUCCGAUGCCUGCAAUUGGAGCUCCGAUCAGAACAUUGUGCCUCUCAGCACAAGGAUCAGGAUUGUCCACUUCAUGUUAAAUCACACUUAUAUCCGAACAGGAGAGAACCUGCGGGAUCUGAUGAAGGCGAACGUCUUCGAAGCAAAGUUCUGUUUACAUGAGAAAAGAAAACAGAGGGAGCUGAAAGAGAGCUGGGCACGAUGGACAGCCUGUCUCCAAGGGCAACCCAUAACCGCCGUCAGGAAUUACUUUGGAGAGAAGGUGGCCUUGUACUACCUGUGGUUGGGCUGGUACACAUAUCUCCUCAUCCCGCCUGCCUUCAUCGGGAUCAUCGUUUUCCUCUUCGGCCUGAGCUUCUUCAGCACCUCGCCCCUCAUAAAGGAGGUUUGCGAGGCUGACACGGUCAUGUGUCCACUUUGUGACAAGGGCUGCAAAGCGUGGCGUCUCUCUGACACCUGCACAUACGCCAAGGUGAGCCUGCUGUUUGAUAACAACAGCACGGUGCUUUUUGCCAUGUUCAUGGCAGUGUGGGCAACAUUGUUCUUGGAGUUCUGGAAGAGACAUCGGGCCUCCUUUGUGUGUGAAUGGAAAGUAUCUGAUUGGUGCGAAGAAGAGGAGGAACUGAUUCUGGAAAUUGUGACCAAUGCCAACUGUCAGCCAAAACCUUUCAAGCACUCCUAUCUGCGCAGCAUACUGGUGCUGAUCUGUGUCACCUUCAUGAUCAUGGUGAUCAUCGGCCUGACACACGCCUUGGUGGUGUUCAGGGUGAUCGCCGCUGGGUUUCUGGCGAAGGAAUCGUCGCAGUCCCUGAGCAACCACUCCAACGCCGGGGCAAUGACGCUGGGGGCUGUCCUCCAUUAUAUCAUCAUCACAGUCAUGUCCCGGAUCAACCGGAUCGUAGCCAUGAAGCUUUGUGAAAUAGAGGAAACGAGGUCCUUCGCUGCUACCGAGAAGAGUUUCACAGUCAAGAUGUUCACCUUCCAGUUCUUCACUUACUUCUCCUCGCUCUUCUACGUGGCCUUUUUUCUUGGGAGGAUAAAUGGCCAUCCGGGUGAUUACGUACGAAUUGCAGGAAAAUGGAGGCUAGAGGAAUGUCACCCGAGUGGUUGUCUCACAGACCUGUUCAUCCAGAUGACCAUCAUCAUGGUGCUAAAGCAGAUCAUCAGCAAUAUCUUUGAGUUCACCGGCCCCUGGUUUUGCAGGUUUUGGAAGAGAAGACGGAUCCAGAAGCUGCAGAGGAAGUGUGCCCACUGCUAUCUGAAAGAUGAAUCAGAGGCUAAAGAAGGAACUGAACUGUGUGAGAACUGCAAGCUUCGGGACUGGCACAAUAACUACCGUCUGAACGAUGUGGAUUCUUUCAGCCUCUUUAGCGAGUUUCUGGAGAUGGUCAUCCAGUUCAGCUUCACCACCAUAUUCGUGGCAGCCUUCCCUCUCGCCCCCCUGCUGGCCCUCAUUAAUAACGUCAUUGAAAUUCGCUUGGACGCCAUUAAAAUGGUCACUCUGGAGCGCAGGAUGGUGCCCAAGAAAACCAACGACAUCGGCGUGUGGAUUGAUAUUCUGGAAGCCAUCGGUGUCUUAGCCGUCAUCACCAAUGGGCUGGUCAUUGGCGUGUCCUCGGACUUCAUCCCCCGGCUGGUGUACCGGUACCGCUACGGACCGUGCGCUAACGGCACGCUGACAGACAUUGACUGCAUGGUGGGAUACAUCAACAACACUCUCUCCAUCGCACGGCUGGAUGACAAGAACAGCGUCUUUUCACCAAAUCAGACGAUCCCCGGUGACGGCUUGAAUGUCACCUACUGCAGCUACAAAGAUUACAGGAGCAGUGAGGACUACAGUUUAACGCCACAGUUCUGGCUGAUAUUAGCCGUGCGCUUUGCUUUUGUCAUCCUUUUUGAGCAUGUCGUUGUCAUAUGCAAAUUCAUCGCAGCCUGGUUUGUGCCCAGCGCUCCCAUGCAAGUGAAGAAUGACAGACUGUUUGAUAAACUCAACAGACUGAAAGAGGAACUCAGGUCAUAUGAAGCGUGACGGCUUUCAGACACUUUAAUGGGACACAUUUUAUCCUGAGAACACAAACCCAGUGUUGCCUUUGUGCGCUGAAAGUGUUGAGACGGUCGCAGUGUCGGGUCGACUUCAAGGCCUUUAAUUAUCACCCUGAAGUGCUCGGAUGGAAAGUUCUAGCUCUGCUUCGUUGACAGCAGGCAAAAGUUAAAAGUCGACUUUCUGGAUUCUCAACUCUAAAGGGAACCGUGAAGGUGGAAGAAGCUUUCUGCACAAGACAAGUGUACAGUGACAGAUAUGACUGACCACAGCUUUCAUGAGAUUAUUCUUAUUCUAGAUUAAGAAUGCACCCAUAGCUUGCUGUCGGGUCUUUAUGUUUGUGAGCUGUAUUUGAAUGUGUUAUUGAAAGCCUAAAGAUAAUUUAUACUGCUACUGCAAACAGUUUGCUGAUUGUGAUAUGGCACUGCCUUACUAUGUAAAACAAAAAACAUGCUGUGAUGAUGAUUGUGGCUUUAAUACAGACAGAAUCUGUGUCUUUUUUUGUCAAUUUCACCCAAGAAUGUUUUUUUUGCAUUUUGUUGUUUUAUAUAUUUGAAUUAAAGAGGACACUUUGGACCUCAUAAAACA